GCAAUGCUGCGUUCGGCGCCGCCCGGCCGCUACCUGUACCCUGAAGUGAGCCCGAUGUCGGAGGACGAGGACCGAGGCAGCGAGAGCUCGGGUUCAGACGAGAAACCCUGCCGCGUGCACGCGGCGCGCUGUGGCCUCCAGGGCGCCCGGAGACGGGCCGGGGGCCGACGGGCGGGGGGCAGCGGCCUGGGGCCUGGAGGGCGGCCGGGCCGCGAGCCCCGGCAGCGGCACACGGCGAACGCGCGAGAGCGGGACCGCACCAACAGCGUGAACACGGCUUUCACCGCGCUACGCACGCUCAUCCCCACCGAGCCCGCUGACCGCAAACUCUCCAAGAUCGAGACCCUGCGCCUGGCCUCCAGCUACAUCUCGCACCUGGGCAACGUGCUGCUGGUGGGCGAGGCCUGCGGCGACGGGCAGCCCUGCCACUCGGGGCCCGCCUUCUUCCACGCAUCUCGUGCCGGCAGCCCCCCGCCCCCGCCGCCCCCACCCCCCGCCCGUGACGGCGAGAACGCCCAGCCCAAACAGAUCUGCACCUUCUGCCUCAGCAACCAGAGAAAGUUGAGCAAGGACCGAGACAGAAAGACGGCGAUCCGGAGUUAGAGGCGAUGUCGGGCCAUCCGCAGAGAGCCCCAGACCUGACUCAGGCACAGGCCUCGCUGAGGGCGCCCCCAGGCCCGCCCGGCCCCAGCUGCGAGUGGGGCCGAUGGACAGACAGGCGGCGGGAUGCGCGGCCGCCCCAGCACUUGCCUGGCCCCACUGGAGCUUUCCGUGCGGGCUCGCUACCUGGUUCUCCUCUGGCUACUAUGUGCUAGCAUUCUGUGUCUUUGAUAUGAUAAUAUAAAGUCUGGAAAUUUUGUAUAAUUAAAAACAAAACAGUAUCUUCCAAACGCA